UAAUGUCACAUAAAGAGGUUGAAAACUAACCAAUGCAUGGAAGUCCUCCAGAUUAGUAAUUGGCUGAAGGACCUAUAGAAAACCGUUAAUGUCGUGAUUUCAUUUGCUUAAUUUUAUUUGUUGGAGCAACUGUCGCAUUUGUUGUAAUUAUAUCAAUGGGAUUCAAUCAAGGGAAACCAGAAAGAUUAAGUUAUGCGUAAUAUUAAUAUUCUAAUGAUAGUUAUGACCCUAAUGGCAGAGCAUGUGGACAUGAUGAUGGAGUUUUUAAUGCUCCUUACAUCUAUUUAGUAGCACCUUUAGUAGGUUAUCUAAACAGAUCAGUUUGUGUUACUAAAUGUCCGAAUUGGCAGGAGGGAGGAAAAUAACCAACACGGUAAAACAAAAAUUUGAAUUUUAGUUUAGAAUGUGUUGUAAAUAAAGUUAUAACAAACUGUUCUGAAAGAUAUUCAUAUGAUGGAGUGACUGAUAUAAGAGAUUUCGAUACAAAUUAUUUGAUUAAUUCAGAUAAUUAUGCCAAUACACCAUCAGUUGAAAAAUUAUUUAACUAUUCAACAUUUAUUUAUAAUUCAACUAGUGUUUUAGAUAGAUUGUGUAUACCAGCAGGUGAUAAAUAUGUUGAAAAGAUAUAUGGAAAUAUGGAUGAUAUAGCAUCUGUUUAAAUGUAAUCUUAAUAUAUAUUUAAAGAUUUUAAUAAUGGGUGGCUGAUAUAAGAUUGACAUAUAAAAUUAUCUUUGCAUCAGUUGGAAUAGCAUUUGCAAUUGGAUUAUUUUAUAUGUUAGUUAUGAGAUAUUGUGCAGGUACAUUGACAUGGACAGCCAUUUUUUUAUAUUUUGUUUGUAUUGUACUUUUUAUUAUUUAUCUAAACGAUAAAGCUAAUGCUUAGUAAAAUAAUUUUUAUUUAUGAUUUUAAUAGCAAGACUAGAGCAGCACUUAAUACAGCUUAAGGUAUAGCUGAUUCAGAUAACUAAGACUUGUAGACUUAUUAUGGUUUGAAAGGUUCUAUGAUUGGAAUGUGUAUAAUAGNACAUAUCUUAAAAGAUCUUUAUAGUGCCUUAAAUUGUAACUUAUUAGAAAUUAUAGUUGAUUUACAUUAAAUUUAUUAAAGUGAAUUGUAAUUUUUUAUAUUUUCAUUAUUUAUUCUAUCUAAAUACUUACUACUAAUGUCACAUAAAGAGGUUGAAAACUAACCAAUGCAUGGAAGUCCUCCAGAUUAGUAAUUGGCUGAAGGACCUAUAGAAAACCGUUAAUGUCGUGAUUUCAUUUGCUUAAUUUUAUUUGUUGGAGCAACUGUCGCAUUUGUUGUAAUUAUAUCAAUGGGAUUCAAUCAAGGGAAACCAGAAAGAUUAAGUUAUGCGUAAUAUUAAUAUUCUAAUGAUAGUUAUGACCCUAAUGGCAGAGCAUGUGGACAUGAUGAUGGAGUUUUUAAUGCUCCUUACAUCUAUUUAGUAGCACCUUUAGUAGGUUAUCUAAACAGAUCAGUUUGUGUUACUAAAUGUCCGAAUUGGCAGGAGGGAGGAAAAUAACCAACACGGUAAAACAAAAAUUUGAAUUUUAGUUUAGAAUGUGUUGUAAAUAAAGUUAUAACAAACUGUUCUGAAAGAUAUUCAUAUGAUGGAGUGACUGAUAUAAGAGAUUUCGAUACAAAUUAUUUGAUUAAUUCAGAUAAUUAUGCCAAUACACCAUCAGUUGAAAAAUUAUUUAACUAUUCAACAUUUAUUUAUAAUUCAACUAGUGUUUUAGAUAGAUUGUGUAUACCAGCAGGUGAUAAAUAUGUUGAAAAGAUAUAUGGAAAUAUGGAUGAUAUAGCAUCUGUUUAAAUGUAAUCUUAAUAUAUAUUUAAAGAUUUUAAUAAUGGGUGGCUGAUAUAAGAUUGACAUAUAAAAUUAUCUUUGCAUCAGUUGGAAUAGCAUUUGCAAUUGGAUUAUUUUAUAUGUUAGUUAUGAGAUAUUGUGCAGGUACAUUGACAUGGACAGCCAUUUUUUUAUAUUUUGUUUGUAUUGUACUUUUUAUUAUUUAUCUAAACGAUAAAGCUAAUGCUUAGUAAAAUAAUUUUUAUUUAUGAUUUUAAUAGCAAGACUAGAGCAGCACUUAAUACAGCUUAAGGUAUAGCUGAUUCAGAUAACUAAGACUUGUAGACUUAUUAUGGUUUGAAAGGUUCUAUGAUUGGAAUGUGUAUAAUAGGGGGAUUAUCUUUGUUAGGAUUGUUAUGUUACUUUAAUAGGAUUAGAAUGGCAAUUGCUGUUAUAAAGACAGCUGCAUUAUUUGUGAUGGAAGUACCCUCAGUUAUGUUAGUUCCUCCAGUUUUCUCUCUUUUAGUUAUGGGAUAUUGGGGAUUAUGGAUCAUUUCAUUUUUUUAUAUCUAUUCAAUGGGAGAUGUGAAAGGAAGUAGUGAUACACCUUUGGCUACAGUUGAAUGGAAUGAUAACAUACGUUAUUAUUUGAUUUAUCAUUUAUUUUAUGGAUUAUGGUCUAAUGCUCUUCUUUAGGCAUUCUCCUAAUUUAUUUUGGCAUCAUCUGCUUGUCUUUGGUAUUAUAUAAUAUUAAAUAUAUAGGUUUUAUUAACGUAGUGAUGGAUAAUUGAUUCAUUUUUAUGUUUUGGAAUCUGUGAAAAGAUCUAUUAUUUAUCAUUUUGGUUCAUUAAUUUUUGGUGCAUUAUUAUUGGCCAUAGUUCAAUUCAUUAGGUUUUGGUUAGAAUAUAUCAAUUAUUAAAUGAAAUAAUUUUAAGGAGAUCCAAAACAACCAAUGAAAUGUUUUAUAGAUUGUUUAAGAUGUUAUGCAUCUUGUUUUGAAAGAUUUGUGUCCUUUAUAAAUAAAAAUGCAUUUAUUUAGAUUGCUUUAACAGGAGAUAACUUUCUAACUGCAGCAAAGAAUGGAUUUUAUUUAGCUUGGAAUAAUGCAGGAUAGUUUGCUGUAACAUCUGGAAUAGGAAGUGUAUUUUGCACUCUAUGUAAAUUAUUUAUUGCAUUUUCUACAACUUUUCUAUGUUAUAUGAUUAUAACAACAUCUGAUGCUUAUAAAGAUUAAUUGAAUUCUCCAAUCGUACCCACAAUACUAUUCUUUAUUAUUUCAUAUGUGAUUGGAGAUCUUUUCAUGUCAGUUUAUGGAAUGUCAAUUGAUGCUAUUUUAUAAUGUUCAAUUACUGAAUUAGAAUUAAUUAAGGCAAAUCCUGGUUUAUUGAAGAAAAAUAGAGCCCCUUAACCUAUAUAAGACUUUUUGGAAGAACAUAAAAAAUAAUGA